AUGUACAUUUAUGAGAAGGUUUCUCUUGAAAUACAUGUGGUGGUUAACAAUGCUUUAUCUUUGAAGUCUGAAUUCAAGCAACUCCAGGUUUUUGAUGUUCCUUCUACUCAAAUUACUAAGGUGAUUUCUUCGAAGCCUCCUCCUAUAGGCUUCCUUAAAUUGAAUGUUGAUGGGACAACUUUUCACGAUCAACAUACAAUUGGUAUUGGAGUGCUGUCAUGGGACCAAAAUGGUGAUGUGUUAGUUGCUUGCAGUAAAUUGGAAAGGGACGUGGUCUCUUCUGAGUUUAUAGAGGCUAUUAGUAUGUUAAGGGGGCUGCAAAUUUGUGUUCAAUGGGAUGCUCCGAAGAUAUUGCUUGAAACUCAUUUUUUAACUCUCGUUGAUGCUUUGAAUAAUCAUGUUGAGUACUACAUUGAUUUUGAUUUCCUUCUUCAAGAUAUUCGUAGAAUGAUGAAUUAUUAUCAAGAGGUUAAAGUUUUGCAUGUCAACAUGAUAGGUAACUCAGUAGCGCAUCAACUAGCAAGACAUGCGUGGAGUAUUAGUGAUAAUGAGAUGUGGUGGGAAUGUCCUGUUGUGAAAUACUAUACAAAGUACACAUACCAACGAUGA